AUGAGCGUGGAGAGUGUAGCAACAGGGUCGGGGUCGAGCUCGAGCAGCCAUGGUGCUCGCGAUCCUCGCACCAACACCAUGGUCACGAAGCGUGGCGGAACCUGGGGAGGAGGAGAACGGAAAAAGGAAAAAAGGCCAGGUGUGCCCAGGUCGCUGAUGAUCUCGCCGAAUCUCGACGCGCUGCUGGAGCACGAAGACCGGAUGCGACAGUCGCCUGUGUCGCCGUACGCACUGUCGGUACAGACAACGUCGCCGCGGUCAGGGGCGUCGACAGCUACGAUAUCGCCGAGCGGAGGUAUGGAGCUCGGGGUCGGGAUUGGGGUCGGGGUCGGAGGCGGAAUGGGCGGGGGAUUACCGCCUCCGCCUCGACGGACGCGCGGGCCCAAAUCGCCUCUGACGCAGGUGGUAGCGCCUCUUGGCGGGGUGGGGAACCAGGAGAACGUUGCGCCGACGACAAGCAAUCCGUACAUCAACCGUGCGCCGACGCUGGCGGACGUGCUUGGGGGCGACCGGAAGGGGGACGGAUCAAAUGCUUGGCGCCAACAAUCAGAGGGGGGAGAGGGAGAUCGAGUCGCAGGGUUUGUCGAGGCGGCCAUGGGGAGCAGCAGUGGUGCAGCAGGUCGUCGUCGGCCCCUUCUUUCCCACGCGCAUUCCCCCUCCUUAUCCUCAGACUCGACAGACUCGCACGCGCCUCCAUCGACCGUCGAGCACGAGCCGCGCAUCAGCAUCUCAAGCACAGUCUACCAGGCCAGCGACGCAGACCACUCCCUCGACUACAACUCAGACAUGUCACACAGACACUCCUUCAUCGACAUCUACUCCCCCAAUCCCCACCAGACUUCAUUCCCCACGUCUGAGCCCGUCUCGCCCCUCCUCUUCGCCCGCGCAUCCCUCGACUCCCUCGACUCCGCUUCGUCCAAGCCGCCCGUCCCUACGACCCCCAAGCCCACAUUCACGAAGCCCACCCUCCGAUCACGCCAGUCGUCCCCAAAACCAUCGGACGACCGCCUCCCCCCAACCACCAACUUCCUCGACGUCGACGAGCGCGCUGACCUCGUCCGCAAGUCCCGCAAGCUCGCCCGCGUAUUCGGCCAGACUCCCGGCGCAGACGCCAUGGCCCACCAGGACACCAACCGCGCCGCCCUCCCCGUCUCCGCCUGGCGCGCCCACUCCCGCAAGAAGGAUCUCAGCAUCUAUGCGUCGAGACGGCACAGCAUGCCCCUCACCCCCGACGACAUAUCCUUCCUCUCCCUCGUCAGCCCGACCUUUGAGGAAAGCAAUCCGACAUCGUCGUCGCGCACUCGCGAUCGGCGCAAAAAUAGACCCUCCUCCCCUACUUCCUUUAUUGAUCUGUCAGAGGACCACACCAGCUCCACCACGGACCCCGGCGCGGACACGACACACCAGGCCGCCCAAACACCCCCUGAUAACCUCGCUUCUUCGUCUGUAGGCCCCCAGCCCCACCCGAACACCGACUCGGACGCCAUGUCCUCGCUUGACACCGAGGUCGAAAUCGAGUCCGCCGAAGAACUCGAGCGGCGCCGCAAGCGCGAACGCCUCGCCAAGCUGCACCGCUUCCUCGGCUCCCGCGUCCCCGCCAACCUCGUUCUCGGCAUCGACGACCUCCACGUCGAGGCGUCCCUCCCGCCACCCCAGGGCAGCCCUACGCCCCCUAGCACAAGCAAGAGUGGGAGCUCCGAGAGCGACGAGGUCAGUGGGUCGAGGAAGACGUGGAUGAAGAGACGCAGGAGCAGCUCCGUGAUCGCUCCGCCCUCCAGCUGGUGCGAGGACGUGGACAGGCUCAAGGAGGAGCUCGACGACAAGGAGAAGGCGAUCAAUGUGAGGCGGGCGCAGAAGAUGGAGAAGGUCUUCGGCGUUGCCCCGCCUCCAAACGCUCUACCACACCCGCACUCGCCCUCACCGUCCGUCCCCGCCGUCGCAGCCACACUCAUCAAGUCCGCCCAGGUCCUCCCCUCCGGCGCCGUCGCACCCACCGACACGCCCGCCCUACCCUCAUCGCGCAACCCGAACCGUACCUCAUACAUCCAUAAAUCUAAUACAGUCAUUGGGAUCGCCUCUGUAGGUGCAACAACAGGGAAAGCAGGGACGGGCAAAGGAAAGAAGAACAACCGUCCUGGCACGUCCGAGUCGGCAAAGGGCCUCCUGCAGAAAGGCCCGGGCGCGAUGGACGGGUGGGGGUUUGAUGAGCGGCUGGUGCCUGUUGUGGGAGGGCAUGGAGCAGGAGGGGAAGGAGGAAGAGGCGAUAGGCACUCGAAUAUCUAUAGCCAUUAUCAACACUCGUUGAAUUCUCUGGGGGAUAUUUUGGAUCGGGACGACCGCGAGUCCCUCGCAGAGCUACACGAGUACCUCAACACGCCCGGGGUACCUCCACACGAGGUGCCUCCCACCUCCACUCUCACACAAGCAGACGACUCCGGUCGUGCCACACCCACCCCUACAUCCAACACACCAGCAACCCGGCGCCUCUCCUCCGCCUCCCUCAAGUCCGAACGUCGGCGCUCCCUGCCCGCACGCACAUCCCUCAUCUCCUUGGCCUCCCUCGCCUCCCUCUCUUCCAUAACCUCCGACCUCACCACCACCUCCAUAGAACCCACCUCCGCGUCCACGGUUUCGACCCCCAAAGCGGACGUCUCGAGCUUCCAGCUAAGAAGGAGGAGGGCGGCGAAGCUCACGCAGUUCUUCGGUGUGGAUUAUAGAGAGCUGAUUAGUGAUGUGUUGGAGAGUAUUGAGAAUGGGGUGCAGGCGGAAAGGCAGAGGGGGACGUUGAGGGAGGAGGAGGUGCAGGACCUCCUUGCGAAGCUGAGGAACUUGAAGACGAAGCGCCAGAGCUUUAUCUAA